AUGGAGGUAUCGUGUGACAUUGAGAUGAUCCGGGAUCCGGAGUCGCGCAAGGCCAACAUCACUUACGUCGCCCGCCACAUCGAGGACGCUUUGACCUCGCAGCGCGAAUACCGCGAUGGCUGCGGCGUCAACUGUUGUCAAGCGAUGGCCCGAUCCUGCUGCUUCUGGUUUGGUAAACGCUAUGGCAAUUACCUCAUUUGCCUUUAUCUGAUCACCAAAGCCCUGUACAUAUUCAACGUUGUUGGGCAGUUUUUUCUAAUGAAUCGAAUUUUGGGCACGAAUUACACAUUCUACGGACUCGAUCUUAUCCGAGACAUUGCUGAGGGCUAUCUAUGGGAGGAGUCAGGAAAUUUUCCACGUAUUACACUGUGUGACUUCGAAAUCCGGAAGUUGGCCAACAGCCAUCGCUACACCGUACAGUGCGUCCUUCCCAUAAACAUGUUCAACGAGAAAAUUUUCAUCUUUCUUUGGUUCUGGUUCAUUCUUGUCUCAGCAGUAAGCAUUAGCUCUUUUCUGUAUUGGUCAUACAAAUCAAGCUUUCGGUCAAAUCGGAUCCAGUUUAUUCGAAAGUUUCUCAAACUUCGGGAUUCUCUUGAACCAGGCGAGAAGAAAAAGAGUUUCACUUUUAUAGAUUCAUAUCUUCGUCAAGACGGAGUUUUUAUCCUUCGGUUGGUAGCCCAAAACGCCGGUGAAUUAGUUGCAUCGGAGAUUGUUGAGAAACUAUGGCAGAUGUUCAAAAGACGCCAGGCACUGCCUACAACAGAAAAGGCUCGUGCCAAUGAAAUAUCCUGUAAGCCUGGAGUCUCGGGACACUCGCACAUUCACUCGCCCCCACCGAGGUUGCAGAGGGGUUCCGAGCACUCGACGCUAUCCACCACCACGCCUCCCGUCAGCUCGACGCAGUCUGGACACAAGCACGUUUUUGGUGCCUGUCUACCACCACCGCCGUCUGUGCCCGCUGCCCAGUACGCUAUGCCGCCUCCUCUUCCGCCUCCCCCGGGUAGUGUCGCUUCGGCGUCAAACAGCAUCGCCAGUGGCUCCACGUCCUGCAACACUCGAAGUUCCGAUCGGUCAAAGGGCGGUUCUAAGCACUCAUCCCUUCCUCCUAAAAAGCCAGUUACUAAGAAGGAUUUUACUAACGGAACAAUUGAGGAGGACCCGGGAGAAUUUGUUUGA